UUCUAUUCCCCCAUAACUGAUUCAUUAGAACUAUGGAAGCGCCCGACCAUUUCAUCAUCGAAGACCUUCUCGAUUUUUCCAACGAGGAUGUUGUUACACCUGACGCCUUUCAUUCCACCGGUUCCUCCUCCGUUACCGCCGUCGACAGCUGCAAUUCGUCCUCGCUUUCUGGUCUGGAACCGAAUUUCGCCGGUGAUAUUGGUGGCCGUAGUUUCACUGAUGAUCAGUUCGAUGGUGACCUCUGUGUGCCGUACGACGAUUUAGCUGAGCUGGAAUGGCUGUCGAAUUUCGCGGAGGAAUCGUUUUCAAGUGAGGACCUGCAGAAGCUCCAGUUGAUAUCCGGCAUGAAAACCCGACCCGCCGUAUCAUCGGAUACACGUGGCUUCGAACCCGAACUUCGCAACCAAAUUGAUAACGUCAUCGAUAGCGGUGACAACAGUCUGGUUUUCCGUCCGGACAUGACGGUUCCCGCCAAGGCAAGAAGCAAACGCUCCCGUGCAGUGCCAUGCAAUUGGGCGUCCCGCCUCCUCCUCCUCAGCUCGACUACUUCGUCUUCUGAACCUGAUAUCGUCGUCCCGGUGCAACCACCUCAACAUAACUAUCCCGGUAAAAAACCCGUGAAAACGACAUCGUCGAAGAAGGACGGAGGCGAAGCGAGUUCGGACGGGCGGAAGUGCCUGCAUUGUGCUACGGUUAAGACGCCGCAGUGGCGGACUGGACCCAUGGGUCCGAAAACACUAUGCAACGCUUGUGGUGUGAGGUAUAAAUCGGGGCGACUCGUGCCCGAGUAUCGACCCGCUGCCAGCCCGACAUUUGUGCUCACCAGGCAUUCAAAUUCUCACCGUAAGGUCCUUGAGCUUAGGCGACAGAAAGAGAUGGUAAGAGCCCAACAUCAAUUCAUGCACCAUCAUCAUCAAAACAUGGUUUUUGAUGGAUCCAACGGUGAUGAUUAUUUGAUCCACCAACCAGGGGUCAUGAUUUCAGGCAACUCAUCUAGUACCGGAUGGUAGAGUAGGGAAACUUUAAUGAGAGCUCCUAAUUUUUCCCCACACUUAAUUCAGGCACU